AUGAGAGAAUUGGUACGUCCGCUUCCAUGGACCACCCAAGACGAAGCCAUGUGGCAACUGAUGCCCGAAAUGAAGAAUAUCUAUCCUAUUUUCGCCGUAAGGAAGUCAGAUAACUUCCUUCUGGGUGGUGUUGCUCUCGUUGAAACGGACGUCGUAUACGGUGCCUUCUAUGUGAUGAGACCCGAUCUACGUGGACUUGGAGUCGGAAUGAAAAUGAUGGCACAUUUGGUGCACAUAAUAUCAAAUGACACUAAGCACAAACCGGCCCUUGGAAGAGCAGGCCUUCAACACUUCCACGAGAACAAGUCUGUGGAAAUGUUCCCGUCGAACGCAGCCCUGCCGUUCCCGUAUCCUCUUGCUAACGGUGUUGCCUUGUUCGAUGCGAGUGGAAAUGUGCACGGACUAGUUGGAGCUGUGCCAACACUACACAACAGUGACCUGUUCAAAAUUGGACCGAUUUUCGCAUCGAAUAGAAACGACGCCGGUCACCUACUCAAAUGUAUAUCGGAUCUCAUUCCCGGCCCCAAUGUCAAGUUUGCCCUGCACAUAUCCACAAAUACAGCCGGUGAUUGGAUGCUGCAGAAAUGCCGCGAUAGUGGUGUACCACUCGUAUUCGUCGGUACUGCUGCAAACUCCACCCACAAUAAAAUUGUGUACCAAGAUCCAUGCAAUACCGAGAUGAUGUACGCUCCGAUGAACUGCCCGAUUUUCUUCGACCGGUAG